GUCUGUGUCCUAACGCAUUAUGGCAAAUGGAUGUUACCCAUGUACCUUCAUUUGGAAAAUUAUCAUAUGUUCAUGUAACAGUUGAUACUUAUUCACAUUUCAUAUGGGCAACAUGCCAGACAGGAGAAAGUACUUCCCAUGUUAAAAAACAUUUAUUAUCUUGUUUUGCUGUGAUGGGAGUUCCAGAAAAAAUUAAAACUGACAAUGGACCAGGUUAUUGUAGUAAAGCUUUCCAAAAAUUCUUAAAUCAGUGGAAUAUUACACAUACAACAGGAAUUCCUUAUAAUUCCCAAGGACAGGCCAUAGUUGAAAGAACUAAUAGAACACUCAAAACUCAGUUAAUUAAACAAAAAAAAGGGGGAGACAGUAAGGAGUGUACCUCUCCUCAGAUGCAGCUUAAUCUAGCACUCUAUACUUUAAAUUUUUUAAACAUUUAUAGAAAUCAGACUACUACUUCUGCAGAACAACAUCUUACGGGUAAAAAGAACAGUCCACAUGAAGGAAAACUGAUUUGGUGGAAAGACAACAAAAAUAGGACAUGGGAGAUAGGGAAGGUGAUAACCUGGGGAAGAGGUUUUGCUUGUGUUUCACCAGGAGAAAAUCAGCUUCCUGUUUGGAUACCCACUAGACAUUUAAAGUUCUACAAUGAACCCAUCGGAGAUGCAAAGGAAAGCGCCUCCACGGAGACGGAAACACCGCAAUCAGGCACCAUUGACUCGCAGGAUGAAUCAAGUGGUGAUAUUAGAAAAACAGAUGAAGUCACCACGCACCAAGAAGGCGGAGCUGCCAACCUGGGCACAGUUAAAGAAGCUGACACUGUUAGCUAGAAAAAGCCUAGCUAGCACAAAGUGUGCCGGACCAGUCGAAGAAUCCUACGCCAAAAUCGAGAGAACGAACAAGCCUUCAUCGCCAUGGCACAUUUAUAUAGAGGAAAAGGGAGGGAGAAUGUUGCGGGAAGUCAGGGACCUUGAACUGAGGGACUGGCUGAAGCCACAGCAGAAAAGCAUAAAAUAUGAAGAUUUCAUGGACAUUUUAUUAGUUUUCCAAACUUUAUACUUUUGUAAUAUCUUAUGUCUUUACUUUAAUCUCUUAAUCCCAUCAUCUUCUUUGUAAGCUGAGGAGGAUAUAUGUCACCUCAGGACCCUGUGAUGAUUGCCUUAACUACACAAAUUGUAGAGGACGUGUGUUUGAACAAUAC